AUGCUCAUCACAAGGCAAGAGUACAUUAGGUGGAUAGAGGACUUUUAUCCUUCCCUGGGUGCUGCUUCAAAGUAUCGCAACGUUCUCUACAGAUCCGUGAAGGAUACUUGCUACAUUCAGGAUAUACACAAUCAUCCCAUCUACGUGGAUGCAUGGCUUAAAUUAAUCAAUUAUUGUGACUCUGCCAGUGAACUCUUCAACCUACUCUUUCACAAUGGGGUGGGCACUCUGAAUACCGAGUUCUACCUGGCCUGGACCGACCACCUUAAGCAAUUGCCUGAGAGAGCGUCGGAUACUCAAGCAAAACGAUGGGCCCGUAUAGCCUCCAUUUUUGCUCACGGUCUGCGGGCUGGUGCGAAACCACACUAUCUGUUGGAGGACAAGGCUGAGUGA